CGACAUGUCGGAUCCUGAAGAUGGCUCCUCUGACUAUUUGGACGAUGAAAUGUGUGACUUUAUAGUUCACGAUGCACCCUCCCCCAGAUCGGCUAAACGACGGCGUGUCAGUGCGCGAGAACCGGUCCGAGAGUCGUCACGUCGAAAAGCUACGGACGAAGAGGACAGCGAGGACUUUGGAUCUGGUGCUGAUUCAUUCCUCGAUGAAAAUGAAGAUGAUCCCUCGUCACCUGGUCAAACCUCCCUCUAUUUUAGAGAUGACCCAGACCGAGAAUCGAAAUCCAAAUACAAGGUGUUCAUUCCCAAGCACAACAAUCUCCAGGAGAACAUCUUCGUCACCCAGUUAACCCAACCUCCAUCGCCACCGGAAAUGAUCCGGGGUCCUCGAUGGAAAAAGCCCGAACCUAAUCCUUCUCCCCCCCAAGUUGCUGCCAUCUCCCCGGCAGAUCGUCGAGUACAAUAUGCUAGCCAAGACCAUAACUAUGGGGACGACGACGACCUCAAGGCGGCAAUUGAAGCAUCACUGCAAUCAUUUGAAGAGGAGAGCUCAAAGAUAGCCACAGUCACAUCUAAAAACCCAACCCCUUCGUCUGUCCGAGCUGCCCCUGAAGAAGUCGACUUAUUCGACGAUAUCCCAGACGACGCAUUUGACUCUGACCUCUCUUUAUCACCGCCCCCCAACCCAGUGGCACCCUCUGUACCUUGGGCCACUUCUCAAUCAAGAAAUCGCCCACUAGGUGUCCGUCAAACCACACUAUUUGAUAUGGCUGUUCGGAACUCCCCCAACCCACCCCCGCGUGGAGAGCAAUUAUGGUCCCCGCCAGAGAAGGAGGAGCCUCCAACUCAACACAAACUAAACCAAGACACCAUGGACACCUGGAUAUACCCUACAAACCUGGGAAAGACUCGAGAUUAUCAAUUCAAUAUUGCACAAAAAGGAUUAUUUCAUAAUCUCCUGGUAGCACUACCUACUGGUUUGGGGAAAACAUUCAUUGCCGCUACGAUCAUGCUGAAUUGGUUUCGUUGGACCCACGAUGCUCAGAUAAUCUUUGUUGCCCCUACGAAACCGCUGGUUGCCCAGCAAAUAACCGCCUGCCUGCAGAUCGCUGGAAUUCCACGGUCCCAAACCACCAUGCUCACAGGUGAGGCUGCGCCUGGGAUCCGUGCAGAAGAGUGGCAGACCAAACGUCUUUUUUUCAUGACUCCUCAGACCUUGACCAAUGAUUUGAAGUCGGGGAUAGCUGAUCCAAAGCGCAUUGUUUUACUCGUCGUCGAUGAGGCUCAUCGCGCCACUGGGGGCUAUGCAUAUGUCGAAGUGGUCAAGUUUCUCCGGCGAUUCAACCAGAGCUUUCGGGUUUUGGCUUUGACAGCUACUCCUGGAUCUACCGUAGAGUCUGUACAAGCUGUCAUUGAUGGGCUGGAUAUCGCAAGGGUAGAAAUCCGUACGGAACAGUCGCUGGACAUUCGUGAGUACGUGCAUGAUAGGAAUACCGACAUACAAACAUUCCAAAAUUCGGAUGAGAUGAUCCUAUGUAUGGACCUGUUGACUAGCACACUGCAGCCGCUUGUCGAUCAGCUCCGUAACUUGAAUGCCUACUGGGGUAGAGAUCCAAUGACCUUGACCCCGUAUGGACUGACCAAAGCCAGACAACAAUGGAUGCUGUCCGACGCUGGAAGGAGUGCAAACUUUGGGCUAAAAGGAAAGGUCAAUGCGAUAUUCACGGUUCUUGCGAGUAUGGCCCACGGGAUCGACUUGCUUAAGUAUCAUGGGAUCACUCCGUUUUAUCGUCAUCUCCUCCAUUUCCAAUCCGAUACGGAUGGUCAGAAAGGAGGGAAGUACCAGCGACAAAUUGUCCAGGAUGAACACUUCAAGAAGCUUAUGAACUACCUGGGACCAUGGACAAAAAAUCCAGAAUUCAUUGGCCACCCCAAACUCGAAUAUUUGAAACAAGUUGUCCUAAACCACUUCAUGGAUUCUGGUGAGGGGGGUAGUGUAGGACCAGAACAGAGCCAUCCAGCUACGAGAGUGAUGAUUUUCGUACACUUCCGAGAUAGUGCUGAAGAAGUAACAAGGGUCUUGAAGAGAUACGAGCCGAUGAUUCGGCCCCAUGUGUUUGUUGGACAGAGUAGCGCCAAAGGAUCCGACGGAAUGGGACAAAAGACUCAACUUGAUAUCAUACAGAAGUUCAAGAAAGGGACUUACAACACAAUUGUCGCAACUUCGAUUGGUGAGGAAGGUUUGGAUAUCGGAGAGGUUGACCUCAUCGUAUGUUACGAUUCUUCAGCUUCUCCGAUCCGUAUGCUUCAACGCAUGGGCCGAACAGGCCGAAAGAGAGCGGGUAACAUUGUACUGCUGCUCAUGCAAGGGAAGGAAGAGGAGUCUUACAUCAAAGCAAAGGACAACUACGAGAAGAUGCAGCAGAUGAUAGCUAGUGGUACCCGGUUCACAUUUCAUGACGAUAUAUCACCACGCAUCCUGCCGAGUGGCGUGAAACCGGUUCCCGACAAGCGCCAAAUUACUAUCCCCGAUGAGAACGCGUCUGGGGAUCUGCCGGAGCCCAAAAGAAAGAGAGGACGAGCCCCAAAGAGGCCUCCAAAGCAGUUCCAUAUGCCAGACAAUGUUGAAACCGGCUUCACCAAGGCCUCGCAUCUAACAGGAAGCUCAAAAAAGAAAACACCGGAGAAGAAAAAGGUUCGCAUACCUACUCCAGAACCUGCAGAUGUACCCAGUCUCGAAGAGGUUCUACUCACCGCAGCUCAGCAAAAAGAACUCGAGCAACACUACCAAAAUAUAGGGGGUACAAGUCCACAAUUCAUUCGAUACCCACGGGGCGAUGCCUUUCCUCAGCUUCAACGAAUUCAAAGACCAACCAAAUUAGUGAGGCACGGGUCUUUAACCCGUCGUGUCAUCGGGGCAUUACGGAGGAUGAACGAGGUAAAGCCCGGAUACGAGGACCGAUUUAGAGAGGUUUUGGCCCGUGAGUCAAACAUGUCGCCCGAGGAAUCUCUACUAUCUAUUCAACCUGAAAGUCGUGCGCAACCCCCCGAGGCAUCUAUAUCAAGGUUCACAUUCACGAAACCAAGUUCUUUAAAGCCAAAGGGCGCAGAAGACGAUGACUUCUUCGGUUCAGAUAGCGAACCCCCGUCACCGGGUAAGCUCCUGGCAGUUCUUGGAAAGCCCCAAAAGCCAAAACCAUUCCAGCCUCCGCGCAGAGUAAGCGAGGGUGCAAAACUGGGCAACGACCUUGAUGUCCAUAAUCCCAGCAGUCGGUCGAUUUUUGAUUAUGACAGUGACGAGUAAUGCGAGGCGUGUAUGACUGAAUGAUCUUUUGGAUACUUUAUUGUAUAAAUAUAUUUUGGACAUCAUUAUUUGGCGUGUAACAUCGUGCAGAGAC